UUUCAUAUUUAAAUUUUUCUUUACACUUCAGAAAUUUAACAAUAUUUUUUUAAUUCAUAUUUAAAAUUAUUUUUAAAUCCAAAACCGCUAAAUAUUUCACUUCAAACAAGACGUCAUAAAAAUUCGCUUAUUCUAAAAAUAAAAUGACGCAAAAUUUUCUGUUCAUGUUCGAAUUUGUAGUCGACGAUUUGAUAAUAACAAAACCCAACUAUUGCGCACCAGAAGAGUUUCCCACGUGUUGUGAGGUAUCCUUUCGUAACAGCGUAUUUGUAUCGAUCUGUGAUCGAGAAUUUGGUCAUUGCCUUGAUCCCUGUAUGCCGAAAUGUGGCAAGAGUUGUCUGUUUUCGCUGGAAACUCCCAUAAGCGAAGAUGAUAAAUUACACAUACACAUUUACAAAAAGAAAACUGAACAGUGCAAGUUUUUAAUUGGCUGCACGGAUCUGCCGAUUAAAGGCGUUUUCGAUAAGGUAAUGGAAAACUUUAAUAUUGAGAAUCCUAAUUGGCAAGACGUAAGCGCUAGGCACGUUAAGACUUUGCCAAAUCCUAAAGAAUCGAAAAAACCCCCUGAAAUUGUAGACAAUGAUUGCGAUUCUUAUGAAGAAGGCCGGCGAGAACAAUUAUGUCCGACUUCGGAAUUAACCAAGCAGCUAUUGCCUUUGUUUAACUUGAAGGGUUGCCAAACGGGAAAUGUAGUUUUGCUUAUACGUUUGGUAGCCAUUGGUCCGGCUAUAGUAUCGUCAUUUACAUUCUCUCGCAUCUGCAAUGCUGGCUGUGAAAAGAAAGCACCCAAUUGUGGCCCUACCAAUAGACCUAGUGGUGAUAAAGGUGCUUGUGAUACAACCUGUAGUCGCUUUGCUGGUGGCAUGGAUAAUGGUAUAAGCGGAGCAUGUGGAAAUGAAAAUCCUACUGGUAGCAAACAAAAUAAAACUAAUACGGGUUGUAUGCCAUUAAGAGAUCCCUGUGUAAAAGAAGUUAAGAAGCCGGUGUGUCAGCGUUACUUUGCGUGCAAUGCCGACAAAGGUAUACCAUGUGAUGUGGUAGAGGAUGAAUGUGAAAGAUCUGCCAAAUGUAAGGAAUAUAGGCAAAAAUUGAGUUGCUGCCUACCAUCAGAACAAUCAAAUAAUUGUUCCUGUGACGAUUGCAUGGACGAAUGCGAAGCUGUUGAAGAUUCUUGUCCACCCAUUGAUCCUUUCAAAUGUGAGCCUUGCUCGGCUGAAACAUGUGAUGAUUGUGUUAAAGAUCCCUGCUCACCUUGCGGUCAAUGUAUGCAGCCCUGUUUUCAGACACCACGCCAGCCCGAUCCCGGACCGGAGGCUUAUGACGAAUUUGAGGCCUGCUUGAAUGGCAGUGGCUUGGUUAUACGAUUGCUCAAAGAUACCCAUCAAGUGGAGAAUAUUUGUGAUGGCACUGAGGAGUUUAAUGAUGUCAAUGCUAGUGAAUGUAAUAAAUAUAGUGGAAAGGAGAAUACCCGUAACUCCGAUUGCAGUCUUUCGAACAUUCUUCAAUGCAGUAAUUUCGCACGUAAUCAUAUUAAACGUCGAACCGGUGGUCAUAUUGUAAAUCAUCCAGAUUUGCCGAAAAUUCGGGCCAACAUUAAAUAUUCCGGUAAUGAUAAUUGCUAUACGGAAAAAUAUCAUGUCCCCUAUUCGAAAAUCAAAUCGCACUGUGACAAUCAAACCAAUAAAAUUGACAAUUAUCGUAGUCAUCGUUCAAGAUAUAGUCGUAAUGAAAGUGACGUUUGCCAGCCGAAACAUCCGAAGGAUGAGAAAAAUUGCUGUGUUCAGGUUGAUCGUCAGGAUAUUCGAAAUAUUAUGAAGGGUCUGGAUGUGGAUACACGUAAAAAGGGUAUAGAGGUUUGCUACAAAACCUGCGAAGAAACCGAUAGUGAUGUAUUCCUAGUGAAAUUGGGUAGCAAACAAAAAAGUGAACGUAAAAAGAAUAAUAUUGAAAUUGAAUUGAAAACACCCAAAUUGCCAGUGACGAUGGCCAAACAGCAUGUAACCACGGAGACACAAAUCGAUGAAAAUGAAUUGGAUGCCGCUCUAGCGGAUAUCUGCAAGGCGAAGAAGGGCAAGGGUGGAAAGGGAAAGAAGAAAAAUAAGUAGUUGCAUAUAAUUUGGACAAUGUUGAAGGAGUGUGAAUGUACGAAAUUAUUUUUUUUAAGUUAACUAAACAUUAUUUUUUUAUUUUUAUUUUGUAAAUCAUCGAUAUAGUUUUGAAGAGGUGUAUUUUAAUAUUGAAGAAAUAAAAUCGUGUGUGUUUUGGGAUGCCCGAACAACAAAUUGAAA